AUAGCUGAUAGCUUAGCUCCAAAGUCCAAACCCUUUGCAUUCCUGGCCUUGGCGGCAGAUAGUUCGAAAAAAAUCGCAGAGCUCAAGACUUGCGCAGCAGAUCCGCCGUCCCUCCUCCAUCAGCUGCGUCCAGUUCCACACGCCUCCUUCGACAUCUUGCCCCCUCUUCCACCUGCCUGCCGCCUCUUCCACCUGCCUGCCGCCUCCUCCGCCCUCUCAGCAGCGCACGGAACAGCAACGCCGCAGGCCGCUGCAGGCCGCUGCAGUCCGCACUCCGACGUCCCUACCAGUACAAUGUUGUAAAAAAGCCUCCUCCUCCGCCAUAUUUGCUUAAUAGAGAUUGUGCCAACGUAAAUUCAUUCCGAUCAAUUGUUUGAGGUGGGUGGUGGCACAACAUUGUUUGAGGUGGGUGGUGGCACAUCAUUUCCUUCUGGAACUGGAGUAAGUUGUCAUCACAUGCCAAUUAUGGAAGGCCACUUAAAGGUGAGCGUACACAACAUUUUGAACGAGUAUGUGGGUGCCACACUUCCUGUACCUGUUCCCACUGUGAAUCUUUUUACCAUAGGUGAUGCCCAAGGUAGUUUUGUUCAAUGGCUGGUUUAUUGGGUGAAAUUUGUAAGUGAGGUCACGGGUAAUAAACCUUCAAAGGGAAAGAAGAAAUUGGAUAUCCGUAAAAAACCGGUCAAAUGAUCUCUAGUGUCUGAUGGUGUGUUGUCACUCAGUAAAGAUUGCAAGUGGUUGCACUCGAUUAUAGCAUUUCGGACUAGCGACGGUCCCUUUGUAAUUACUUUAGAUGCUCGCGUGUUCCAUUAUAAAUCAAGUGAUGGUGAUGUGUAUCUUAACAACGAGGACAUCUCUCAAUUUCUGUAAGGUGCAAUGCUUAAUAUAUCCAUUAUUCAAGUAUUUAUCAGAGCAAUGCAUGAGUAUACUAAGGGUUUGAAUACAAAUGCGCAACUUGGAUGGAUGUGUCCUGAUGCAAUUUGUGCAACUUCAUGUGACCAUAAUCGAGAAGAUGUGAGAGAGUACAUACGCCGAGCCAUCAUUGAAUCUCGCAAUUCUGGCGUAGAUAUUAUUCUUGCUCCUUAUUACGAAAAUUAUCAUUGGGUAUUGCUUGUGGUAUGGGUCUCACAUGGCAUGAUCUUUAUGUAUGAUUCGCUUCGCACUAGCCAAAUGCGCCGCUUAUUAAUUAUGUCAUUGUUUAGCAGUGUUUUUCGAAAUAUGUGCGGUGAUGGUGAAAAUAAGCAAAAAGUGAUUUGGAAGCAAGUGAAGUGUGCGAAACAAACAGGUGGAUAAGUGGAUUGGAGUGUGGAUAUUAUGUCAUUCGAUUCAUGUACGAUGUGGUAAAGUGUAGUGGUAAUGGUCAAAAUAUGGAGCAGUCAUUCGUAAAACCUCAUCAAAUAACCUUUCACAAUUUCAGAAGUUCCUCUUACCCUUUUGUCAAAACACUUCAAACUCUCCCAAAAGUUCAAAAUCCCAGCCCCUCCCAGCAGCUUCCGGCCGACCGUAGCACCGCUCCUCGUCGCAGAUGCAGCCGCUCCUGCAUAGAUAGACGCCCUCCUUGCGACUCCCAGACUCCCAGUCACAUUUCUAACCCACGAUCCGAUUCCCGACCUCUCAACAGCCUUGCCAGCCAACCACGGCGCCUCGCAACUCCAUCGGCCAACAAACCCCUCCGCCUCGCAACCGCAUAGCCCAACAAACCCCGCUGUCUCGCAAUUGCAUCAACCAACCAACCUCACCGCCUCGCAACCUCAUCAGCCGGCCAAUCCUGCCGCCUCGCAACCGCAUCACCCAACAAACCCUAUCGCAACCCUCCUCGCUCCUUCACAUAGCAAGGCCACCUCGUGCCUCGUUUUGAUGUACUUCUUCUCUCUUUCAAGUUUACUUUUUGAGAGAUGUGCCGAGUGUGGGAAACUUUUGGCUAAAAGCAACUGCUAGAAUUUGGAUGAAUGAUUUUUUUAGUUGUAGAGACCAAACUGGUUGUAGUAAGUGUUGUGCCUACUUUUUUCCUGCACUUGUUGACAUACUUCAUGAAUACUAAAGUAUGGUACUGCAUAAAAGACUGAUAAUCUUUAUUCAUAAAUCUUGAGGAACUUGAUAAAAAUGUAUAUGUUCUGUUUAAGGGCCAAACUGUGAGGAACUAUAGCCUCUCAUUUGCUCAAGCUCUUUUAAAUAUUAGUCACGGUUUCAUUGGCUCGUCCAGUAUUCCUGCACUAUUGCAUUUCUAUUUGUUAUAUUAUAUUUUUACAUUCUGAAAAACGUGUUUCAUAAUAUGGAAUAGUUUUCAAGAGAGUGUCUGUUUUCCAUAUUUGGCAUUAUUAAAUAUUCUUCAUAGUUUUAAUCCUAUUGAUUUGAUGCAUCUUGUUCUUUAUUUUUUUAUACUUUCUACACGUGUUUCUCUAUUUUUUGCUUUCAGUCGCAGUGAUACUACUCCUGCACUUGGUGGUGUAAUUUACCCUUCCAGGUUCCUUAGUUUUCUUUUAACUGUUUGUUUGAGUUUCUACCUGGACUGUACUUUUCAGGGAGCUUUUGGUACUUAUAAACAGAGACUACUUUUGGAGUUUGUUUUUUAUAUUUUGCAGUAGAUGUUUUUAAAGUUGUUGGUUACUUUGAACCCAUAUUCAUAUUAUUAAAAAACUAGCUUUAUUUCUGAAAUACAUGAUAUGGUCCUGUGCUUUACUCUCCAUGAAAUACUUUUUACUUCUCAAAUAUUUUGUCUUCCAUUACUCUAAAAGUAGGAGAUCACAUCAGCCACUUUCCAAAAUUAAAACGAUUGUAACUUAAGAUAUCUCUCCAGCACCCUCACAGACCCAUGGGCAGUGAUGAUUAUAUUGGGAUAGUCCAGACGAAAGCAAAUGUUACUUAAUAUAUACAUGCUUCUGGAGUUCUACUUAUGAAAACCAAAUAAGAGAAUACUAAUUAUUGCUUUGGUAUUUGCAUUGUGGUAACUUUGUAAUCAUUUACUUGCUCUAUAUUUAUUAUUCACGAUUAUUGUGAAUUUCGUACAUUCUUAGAUCUAAGCUAUGGCAAUUUUUAGAACUCGGGGCCUUGUGAAAUUAUCAGCAACAUAUUUAACCAAGGGUGAGAAUCAUCUUUUUUAUGCAAUGCUUUCACUCUGUCAAGGACAAACAAAUUUAUCUUAAUUGUACCUGUUAUUUCACAUUUCCUAAAUAAUCUUGUGGGGGUCCUAGAUUAAUCGAAUGAAAACUAGCAACAUUUAUAGGUGUACUAGAUAUAUUAUGUGAUUAUUAUGUUUUCCAGGGUGGAAUGAGAAAAAUAAGGCCUAGCCAUUCUCCUAUUCAUAUCCUUGUAUUUAUAUCAUUUUCUACAUAGAUGGUCAUAAAUUAGUAGAAAUAUGGCAAUGUUUGGACCCCUUUGUCUUCUCCUUAUUUGGUAAGUUAAUUUAGUUUCCCUGUCCUCUAAGUUACUAAUUUUCAUUUUUUAAAAUGUUAAUGAUCUUUUCCAAAAUAUGCUACUGGUCAUUGCAUUUAAAGAUUGAAGUGAAUAUAUGAUUAAAGCUCGGUCGUAACCAGCUAUUGUUUCCACCUCCUGUGCAACACAAGACCCUCUCUCAGUUUCAACCUGUUCCCCCAUUUCUUCUAUAAAUAUGCUUACCUAGCUUGAUAGCGGCUCUCUUUAGCUCCUCGCCUCUACUCCCCGUAAGUGCUCUUAACAUUUGUUUACUGCCUGUUUAUUCUUCCAGCUUGUUUUACUGCUUAAAGAUCAGUUUGAAUAGCCUUUUGUGAAACAUAAAUUUGUCGUUAUAUUAAGACUUGCAUGUCUGAACAGAAUGGAGCUACACUAAGUCUUGCAAUUCAAAUUCCACAUAUAUAACUCCAUAUAUAAGUAUGGAUGCGACCAGUCUAACAAACCAUAAAUAUCCCUAAUAAAAUCCCCCCGCCAUCCCUCUACAAAAUAUCCUGGUCAUGAUGAUGAUAAAGGGUCUGCUGCGAUAUAAUAGUCAUUGGAGGCAGCGAGCAAAUGACAUUUAAAUUUUGUUAUUGAAAAUUUGAAAUGAAUUAGAAGUCGUCAAAUUUGGUUAGAUCAAUAUUAGCUAUUGAAGGCUUUAAAGUUUAAACAUUGCAAGCUGCUAGUGCUAAAUGCUAUAUAUAUGUAUCAGGUAAAUGUUUAAUACGUAGUACUAUAUCAUAUUGUUAUCGUUUUUUUUUCUAACUAUUAUUUAAAAUGUUUAAUAUUUCAGGUCUAUCAAAGUACCAAAAGAGCCUUUUUGAGUGAUGAACUCAUGAAAUAUUUGAAGUUUGUGAGGAAUUGACCAUAUAAGUGAUAUUUUUUUUGUAAACUUUAGUGACGACUGACGAUAGACUUACAAAAAGAAUGAAAGUUUGUAUUGUAUUCAUUUUGAACUUUGGCGAUGUAUAACUCAAUAUUUUUGGGAUUAUGUUUCUGAUUUUUGUUGAUGUGAUACUAAGUUUGUAGAAAUAACUUU